AUGUACCGGUUUUAUUCUUACGGCUUUAAUGUACUUUUUUUUAUAUUUUUAGGUGUUGAAUCAGUUUCUGAUGUUCAUCAACAAUUAUUAAAUUUUGAUUCAAACGACGAACAUACACCGCCCUUAACUCAUCAUCCAAUACAACAACAACAAUUAUUUCAACAGCAACAUUUCCAUUCAUAUGACCAAGAAGUUCCCGAACAACAAAAUGUUUCUGACAAUUACGAAUAUCCCCAAGAAGAAUCAUCAAUAGAGGACGAGGAAGAAGAAGAAGAGGAGGGAGAAGACGAAGAAGAAGAAGAAAUUAGUCAAAAAGAAGUGGAACUUAUUAAUCUUGAGGAUUAUAUUGCUGGCGGCAUUAACCGUUCACCAGAAGAGAAUUUACCAAUAAACGGCGGUGGUCGGAGUAGAAGAGGAAGAAUUGCAGCUGAAGCAAUUAAUCAACGAGCACAAUUAUUACAUUCCGGAAUCUCAGAAGAUUCUGAUUACACUUCCGAAAUUUCCUUUCAACCCGGAGCGCAUCAACAACAACAACAUCAAGCAAACGCUUCUGCACAUCAAUACGAGUCUCACUUGCGUAGAACAACGAUUAAUCAACAACAGCAACCUUCAGCUUCUAAUAGACUUGUUCCCUCUGAUAAUUAUUUUCCUUCAACUUCGUCAAAUAUUCAAUGGGAUACUUCAGAAUACUCACAGCAACAACAACAACAAUAUGUCCCUGAAGGUUUACUUUAUACGCAACAACAACAACAGAGACAUAACCAACGAUUAUUUCAUCCAAAUUUAGUUGACAAUAGAAAUACCCCUCCAUCUCCAACACCUCAAUAUUUUGCAGAUGGGCAACAAUAUUAUGACGAAGAAGAACAACAAUCAUCUCAACAAUAUUAUGCCGAUAAUUUUGACGAUGACAACAGUCAAACUGAUUCAAAAACAUUUGACCAAAUUCAAAAUAUCGACGAAAACUUCUAUCAUGGGGGCAGCCAAAUUUCUUCUUCGCCCUUUGCUGUUUCUUCUUCGCAUAUUCCAAGGCUUCAAUCUUCUCAAUCUUGUAGUAGAAAGAAUAACAGAAAUGGGCGAAUUGGUGGUCAUCAAUUUAAAAAUGUGCAAGAAGUAUUUCCUUCCCCAUCAUUUACUUCUUCUGUGGGUGAUGGUGGAGGUGGAGGGAGUGGCCGUGCUGGCUUUACAGAUAGUCGAAGUAGUAAUUCAACAGUCCAACAAAUGAAUGAGAGUAGUAGGAGAAGCCGUGCAGGAAAUUAUUAUGAUUCUGAAUCUGAUGGAUUUACUUCAACUGGAACGGUAGUUCCAGUCAAUAUUCAUGAACUUCCAAAUUGGCGAACAACAAUAACUCAGCAACAUUCUCAGCAUCAACAAGGUUUUAAUGAAGACCAAGAAGAAUAUGUAGUUGAAGGAGAGGAAGAAGAAAUUGAGGAAGAAGUAGAUGGAGAAGGGGGAGAAAGAGGAAGAAGAAGGAGGAGGGAAAUUGAAAUAAAUGAAGAUUUUGGAAGAUUAAAUGAAGAAAAGAAAAUAAAUAAUGAAAGAAGAAAAAUACAACCAAGUGAACAAGAAUUGUUAGCAGAGAUUGAGGAGUAUAAAGCAAAGUUGGCAGCUGCCGGAAGACAUUAUGAUAGUCAACAAGCGGGCACAUUUAACUCAAAUGAAGAUGAAAAAGAGAAGAAAAAAGCAUUGGAAAAGCUAAAAGAAGACGAGAAAAAUAACAUUUCAAUGGUGCCUGGCACGUCUGCUAAUACUAGAACCUUUUCUUACUUUAAACAAAACAAAAAUGGAGAAGAAAAAGAAAAAUUAUUUGACCCAGAGGAGGAGGAGGAGCCACUUUCUUAUAAUAGUCGGCCAUCUGCGCGCUUAUUAGAAGAAAGAAAAGAAAAUAAUAAUAAUAACGGAGCACAACGUCAACAGCAUUUUUCUUCUGGAAUUGAAUUUGGGGAGUCAUCUGAAGCUGCGGUGGUAACUCAUGGAAUGGAUGAAGAUUAUGGGAUUGGUUAUGAGGAUCCUCUUCGUGGUCAAGGAGUCUAUUAUACUCGUUCAGGCCAAUUUCCCCCACACCACCAAGAAGAAAAUGAAAUUAAUCAGGAAUAUAGACAACAACAAGAAUAUAAUGAUUCUCAAAUAAAUUCUGCUGAUGUUUUGUCGAAACAACAAGCAAACAACACAAUACCUCCACGUAUUUCUUUGUCUUGUGAAAAUGAGCAGCGACCUACUAAAGAUUAUUUACAGCUUUGGAAAUGGGCUUAUAGAGAGGCUUGUAAACAAGCUGGAAUUACGGUGGCUAAAAUUAUUUUUUUUUAA